AUGGCUGUUCAUGUCUUCCUCUCUUCAACAGUGCAGAUCCAAGUGGAGGAGAAAGAAGAGGACACCGAGGAAAGCUCAAGUGAAGAAGAAGAUAAACUACCAAGAAGAGAGAGCUUGAGACCAAAGAGGAAACGGACCAGAGAUGUUAUCAGGGAGGACGACCCAGAACCUGAGCCAGAGGAUGAAGAGACAAGGAAAGCAAGAGAAAAAGAAAGGCGGAGGAGGCUGAGGAGAGGAGCGGAAGAAGAAGAAGAAAUUGAUGAAGAGGAAUUAGAACGAUUGAAGGCACAGUUAGAUGAGAAUAGACAAAUGAUUGCUACUGUCAAAUGCAAACCUUGGAAAAUGGAGAAGAAAAUUGAAGUUCUCAAGGAAGCCAAGAAAUUUGUGAGUGAAAAUGAAGGGGCUCUCGGGAAAGGAAAAGGAAAGAAGUGGUUUGCAUUUAAGAUGAUGAUGGCCAAGAAAUGGGCAAAAUUCCUCCGAGACUUUGAGAACUUCAAAGCUGCUUGUGUCCCGUGGGAAAACAAAAUUAAGGCAAUUGAAAGUCAGUUUGGCUCAUCAGUGGCCUCAUACUUCUUGUUCCUGAGGUGGAUGUAUGGCGUCAACAUGGUUCUCUUUAUCCUGACAUUCAGCCUCAUCAUGUUACCAGAGUACCUCUGGGGUUUACCAUAUGGCAGCUUACCUAGGAAAACAGUCCCAAGAGCUGAAGAGGCAUCUGCAGCCAACUUUGGCGUGUUGUACGACUUCAACGGCCUGGCACAGUACUCUGUCCUCUUUUAUGGCUACUACGAUAAUAAACGCACGAUUGGAUGGCUGAAUUUCCGGCUACCUCUCUCGUACUUCCUGGUGGGGAUUAUGUGCAUUGGAUACAGCUUUCUGGUUGUCCUCAAAGCGAUGACCAAGAAUAUUGGUGAUGAUGGAGGUGGCGAUGACAACACUUUCAACUUCAGCUGGAAGGUAUUCUGCAGCUGGGACUAUCUGAUUGGUAACCCUGAAACAGCCGACAACAAAUUUAAUUCGAUCACUAUGAACUUCAAGGAAGCCAUCAUCGAAGAAAGAGCGGCCCAGGUGGAGGAGAACAUCCACCUCAUCAGAUUCCUGAGGUUUCUUGCUAACUUCUUCGUGUUCCUAACACUUGGUGCAAGUGGAUACCUCAUCUUUUGGGCUGUGAAGCGAUCCCAAGAAUUUGCACAGCAAGAUCCUGACACCCUUGGGUGGUGGGAAAAAAAUGAAAUGAACAUGGUUAUGUCCCUCCUGGGGAUGUUCUGUCCCACACUGUUCGACUUAUUUGCUGAACUGGAAGAUUACCAUCCUCUCAUUGCUCUGAAGUGGCUCCUGGGGCGCAUUUUUGCUCUUCUUCUAGGCAACUUGUAUGUGUUUAUUCUUGCAUUGAUGGAUGAGAUUAACAACAAGAUUGAAGAGGAGAAGCAUGUAAAGGCCAAUAUUACCCUGUGGGAAGCCAACAUGAUUAAGGCUUACAAUGAAUCCCUCUCUGGGAACACCACAGGACCACCCUUUUUCGUUCAUCCUGCAGAUGUACCUCGAGGACCCUGCUGGGAAACGAUGGUGGGACAGGAGUUUGUGCGCCUCACCGUUUCUGAUGUUCUGACCACUUAUGUUACGAUCCUCAUCGGUGACUUCCUCAGAGCGUGCUUCGUGAGGUUUUGCAAUUACUGCUGGUGCUGGGAUUUGGAAUACGGAUAUCCUUCAUACACAGAAUUUGACAUCAGUGGCAAUGUCCUCGCUCUGAUCUUCAACCAAGGCAUGAUCUGGAUGGGCUCCUUCUUUGCCCCUAGCCUUCCAGGCAUCAACAUCCUCCGACUCCACACAUCCAUGUAUUUCCAGUGCUGGGCUGUGAUGUGCUGCAAUGUCCCAGAGGCCAGAGUCUUUAAAGCUUCCAGAUCAAACAACUUCUACCUUGGCAUGCUGCUGCUCAUCCUCUUCCUGUCCACCAUGCCCGUCCUGUACAUGAUCGUCUCCCUUCCACCAUCUUUUGAUUGUGGGCCCUUCAGUGGCAAAAACAGGAUGUUCGAAGUCAUCGGUGAGACCCUGGAACAUGACUUCCCGAGCUGGAUGGCGAAGAUCCUGAGGCAGCUUUCUAACCCCGGCCUGGUCAUUGCUGUCAUCCUGGUGAUGGUUUUGACCAUCUAUUAUCUCAAUGCUACCGCCAAGGGCCAGAAAGCUGCAAAUCUGGAUCUAAAAAAGAAGAUGAAAAUGCAAGCCUUGGAGAACAAAAUGCGAAACAAGAAAAUGGCAGCUGCUCGAGCAGCUGCAGCUGCUGGUGGCCAAUAACUUUGUCAAAUAUCCUUGGGGGCCCAGAAGCACUCUUCACUUCCCCUUUUAAAUGUAGUGAGCUAUGACGGGAAGAGCCAGGGGACUAGCAUUGGGGAAUGGCUGCAUUGUGAUCUACCACUGAUGGGUCAUCAAGGCCACAGUCACGACCAUCUAUCAAGGGAUCAUCAGCUCUCCUUAAGCAAGAAGAAUCUCAGCAUAUUAUGUACUUCUCUGGAUUAUGAUGCUUUCUCUCUUUAUUCCCCCACAUGUUCUCAAACAGAUUGAGUUUAAGUGGGGAUAUGGUCUAGUGAUAUAAAUUACUGGGUAUAAUUGAUAGGAUACUUUUUUAAAGGUCAGUAUUUCCUCAUAUGGACUUUCUUCUCACCUGUCUGUGUAGUUUCUUAAAUUGGGAGUAGGGAUACAAUAGCACCAUUUUCCCUCUAAAUUUGGAACUAUUUGCAUGAAAUACUCACCGUGAUCAUUUACUGACUCACUGUUUUGUGUGUAUGCUUUUUCUUAUGAAUUCAUUGAUAUGAUAGAGUUGAUGUCUUUCUUACCUAUAUAAAUGUCAUAUAAUAUUAAUUUUAAGAGAAUUGGCUCACCUUAAAAAUAUAACAUCCUUCCCCACUUUUUUUGUCUUUCUACCCAUCAGCACUCACAUAUGCCCAGCACCUUUGUAUUUAUAGCUGGAUUCAGUAUGAUAAGAAAGAAGCCUUUUAGGAGAAAUGUUACAUGUCAUUUGAUAUUCCCUGCAGUGCUGGCUUAAUAAUAGUUUAUCACCAUAAGGAGGCAGGAGGGUCUUAGACAAACCGGACCUUUAUGCGUUCAACAAAAGAAGAUAGCACAAAUGACUGAUGUGCAGUCAGUCUCCUCAUUUAAGCUCCAGUGAUCAUCCAUGAAUUUCCAUUGUUGUAGUCUGUGUUUGUUCUUUACUUUUUUGUUGAGAUUAGGGAAACAUGCCUUUAGUUGGAGCUUUAAUUUAUAGCCUUGUUUAAACAUUAUGUUUAUCUAAAGUUUGAGUUCACUGAACUCAGUGCUCUCCUCAUCUUGGGCUGUAACCUGUAGCUCACACCAUCCCUUUCCAGAGCUGAGGCAAUCUCCAUCCCUGCAGUUGACUUGGGACCUUUGACUUAACUACUCCUCUUCCAUCUUCUACUGGAUGUGUAAUGGUCAUACUGUUCUCCAAUCCUUGACUCAUUUCCUCCAAUUGCAUUGUCCAGAUUAUCAUGUAUUCCCAAUCAUGUCACUCUCCUAAUGGGAUUCCUUAGAAUGUUGCAUCUGUAUCCUCACUGUAGCAUCUAUACCAAUUAUACCAAUUUUCUUGUAUUCAUGGCUAAUCUUUCCUAUCUAGACUGUAGCUCUUUAGAAGUAGGGAUCAUAUCUUC